AACAGCGCCGUCUAGCGAUCUAAAUCCGAAAAUACACAUUUCGAAAGGAGUGAAAUUCUGGAAUUGUUCAGUGUUUAUGGAGAGUUUACGGAUCAGAAUGAGAGAUAAAUUUAUUUCUCGUAUGCUGUACGAUGAACAAAGAUGAUGUGAAGAUUGUAGGAUCCAAAUUAUCCCUGGUAUUAGGCGUUAAGGAACACGUAGAAUGUCUGUUUGGUGUGCGUGUGGUCGUUCCUCCAAAUCACGAUGACUUCCUGAUCGGUAAUGACGGCAAUGAUGUUUGUGGCGAGUUCGGUAGUGCGACAAUUCAUCUGUCGUCAGAGACAUCAUCGGAAAAUGUUCAAAAGGCGAAAAAUUAUAUUGCAUCUCUGACUGUUGAAGGGAGGGAGAGGGACACGUUUUCCACGAGUUUGACUGAGCCCCAAGUAACAAUGUUGAUAGAAAAUCGGGACUCGAUAGAGCAGUGUUCCCAGGCCGUACUGGAUCUCGAUAGGGACGCCAAUAUAAUCUGUGUCUAUGGAAAGGUGGACAGCGUUAGGUCUGCCGAGUUAAUGAUAAAUAUGACGUUAAAUAAAAGUGCGGUUAAUUCUCGCUUGAACAUACGACAAAGAGGAGGUGUCGUCGAAAGUGACGAUUUUUUAGCAAGUACUAAAGAAAACACGUUAAAGCCGAAACCGGAAAUGAGGACUUUGGAAGAUUGUACUGACGAUGACGAUGCAGUGUGUUGUAGUGAAAAUGUGCAAUCUCUUGCAAGUGAAGACGAUUCGAGUUUGCAGAUUGACAGUGAACCAGCGUGUCAUUCCUUUGUUAAUGUGGACUUUUCCGAUAACUUCUUAAAACGAGGUUGUGAUUUCGUUCCAACACGAGAUUUAGACGAUGUUAGUGAUUUGACCAUCGACACAGACAUACUUAGAGAUGAAUUAAGCACACAAUCAGACGCACGUCACAUCGAUAAACAGUUAACGCAUCUCAAUCUAUCUAGUCCUCAUGGCGAACUAAAGAGCUCUUCUGACGAAGAGGUUUGGGGACACAGUGGUGGCGAAUAUAGCGGGAAGGUGGAAUUCGCCUUAAAGUUGGGUUAUACAGAAAGUCAACUAACAACAGUAAUGAAUAAACUAGGUCAUGAAGCAAGUCAAAACGAAAUUUUAUCAGAACUCAUAAAAUUGGGGAAAAGUGUGAUUCCCAAUGAGGAGGCUGAACUUGAUUCAUUAGAAUGUGACUCUGGAUUAAAAAUUGCGGAAAGUCACAUACGCGCUGCACCACUGUCUCCACAUCCUGAUCACAUGGGACAAGAGUUGGACUUCGUCGACAAAUUCAGACCGGUUGUUAUUGACGGCAGCAAUGUGGCAAUGAGUCAUGGAAACAAGGAGGUAUUUUCCUGUCGGGGGAUUGAGUUGGCGGUGAAGUGGUUCAGACAGAGGGGCCACACCGAGAUCACAGUAUUUGUGCCUCAAUGGCGCAAGGAAACUUCUCGACCGGACUCCAAAAUAAGAGAACAAGAUAUCCUCAUGCAUCUGGAGAAAGAAAAGGUGUUAGUGUUUACGCCGGCCAGACGAAUUGGCGGGAAACGCGUCGUCUGCUAUGAUGACCGUUAUGUUCUCAAACUGGCUGCAGAAACAGGAGGCAUCGUGGUUUCAAAUGACAACUACAGGGAUCUUCUCAACGAGAAUCCAGAGUACAAAAAGGUCGUAGAGGAGCGACUUCUCAUGUACUCGUUCGUAAAUGACAGAUUCAUGCCUCCUGAUGAUCCGCUCGGGAGACACGGGCCUAGUCUCGACAACUUCUUGAGUCGCGAACCAACUGUCCCGGAGUCUUUGCCCCCGGUCUGUCCGUACGGCAGCAAGAAGUGUACCUACGGCAACAAGUGCAAAUUUUACCACCCAGAACGAGGAAACCUUCCUCAGAAGUCCGUCACAGAAAGGCUUGCCGAACAGACCAAACAGAAGAUACAGGACUUGAAGGAGAGGGGGAGCAAAAACCUGGAAGGCGAUAAGAAGAAAGUGCCUGUCCGAAAGCAGCAAUUAAAGCCGAAAAAGUCGCUGCAGCGAACACUCUCUUUAGUUCCUGUGGAACCCGUAACCACUAUGCCUCCUCCUGACUUUAGUGACCUAGCUGCAGAUAAUCCACCAGCACCUAAGUCAGAGGAGACAAGUAACAUAUCAGAAAAGACUGAUAAAUGGAAGUCGUACGAUGACAAACUCACAGGAUACAGGAAGAAAAUGGAACAGGCAGAGCAAGAAGAAAGGCAACGCCAGGAGGAAGGCAUCCCUUCGGAUGUAGAGUCUUCUCUAAAGAUGCCACCAACAAGUGAAACAUUACAUAUGCCACUGUCGACAAGCGACCAGAUUAGUUCUCGGUCGUCCUCACCCUUACAAAGAAGUAGCCCAACACAACCCAUAAAACCACAGGAACAGUUUCUAAGUGGGCAUCUUCUAUUGGCAAAGAAACUUUCUGAUGAGGCCGCCGACAAAAAAUUGCGACAGAAGGUUCCGGAGGAGCGCGAUCACACGAGGACACCUCCCAUGGAUCUACAACAGUCGCGUGCGGCUCUUCAUAGGUGUAAUUCUCCCUUGGCUCAGUACAGUCAGCCACAAAUGCAAAACCAAACUUUGUCACACCAGAUGGUGUCCCCUGAGCAGCAACAGCAACCACAACCACGUCAUCAAAAAUUGAGCCGACAGCAGUCUCUCCAGGAACCCAGCUAUCCACGAGCGCAUCGCCCGCUACACCAACAGUUGUCAUACGACCCACGAUAUUCUAGUCAACAACCGUACCAGAGACGACCACAACCCAUUCAGGGGAGACAACAAGGGUUCUACGAUUUACGUAGCUCGGACAGUUUUGGUGGUGUCAUAGACUCUGGAAUGCUGCACCCUAUGCAGAAUAUCCAACAGGACACAAGGGCAUGUAAUGAGCCUUUCUUUUCUAGUAGUAGUGGGAAACAUUUAAAUGUUGAGCAUGCUACACUUGCUAGGAUGCAAAGUGCACCCGAAGUCCCUCAGCUUCGAAGCGCAGCUGUAGCUCCACCGAUCGGGAGAAUGGUUCGUCAAAACAGUAGUUCGGACACUCAAUUACAUAUCAUAGGUGGGGAAAUGGAACAGACUGACUAUAACUUUUCUGAACUCCAAGGAACAAGAUCAGACUAUCAGCAUGGAGACGGGUUCUCUUCGAGUUACGUGGCGCGUGGUUCUGGAUAUGAAGUUCAUCAUCAGCCAGUUGCACAUCAAUUUAACCGGGGGCUGCCCCAAGGUGCUCCGACGUAUCAACAUAGUCAAGGAUACGUACCGCCAAACAAACAUCAAGCUGGGAACACCACGUGGUCUUUCAGCGACCAGGGAUUUGCUCCUGGACAAAUAAAACAACCUGCACAUUUUCCUGGGUUUCUGCGGCACGCACCAGUUCAGCAUUCACGUUCGUAUCAAACGACGCAGUCUCGGCCUUCCCAAGCGAAGGAGCCGUAUGCAGAGCGAGAUCCUAAUUUCCACACAGGAAUCCUUACAAAACGGGAAGAUGACAUCUGGGGGCCAUCUGUCGCUUCCUCCUCUUCGUCGUCUUCAGUGUUCAGUUCUCCAAACUAUUCUCAAGGAGACAGCCGAUAUGGUGACAUUCCAAGAAGUCAAUCAGGGAUGGUUUCUCAAGUUUCUGAUCAAAACCGGGGACACAUGGGCCAAUCGAACUUGUCCUCAAAAAGUCAGACCACUUGCCACAGUCGGUCGGCGGCAGAGACAUCUAGCGCGUCCUCGCCUAUGUUUUCCGAGGAUGCCCCAAUACACAGGAACGACUCCCGUCAUAGUCUGUAUUUCCACCUUUGUGGAUUGUUCCCGGAACAGAAAGUCAGGGCUGUCAUGAACCAACACCCUGAGUUGACUGAUCCCCAAGAACUAUGUGCGUAUAUCAUUGGGGCUAAAUGAAAGUUGUUACGAUGUGUAAACAGUGCUUAAAUCAGUGGGACUUUAAGCGAGAGAGAGGCCCAACCCCCUGGAAUUUUGCUGUCAGCAAUUAAGAGUGUAGCCUGGCCAUUCGCUGAAAAUGGUAGUCAGAUCACAGAACUGUUUUUCUUUCAUAACAUAAUAUGCUGGACAU